UGUACAUGCAGUACAUGCAAUAGUACGCCUGCACAACAUUAUGUGGGUGACAACUGGCAAACUCUCUCACUGUUUGCAGGUGUUUUCUUCCAGAUUGCACUUCCUUCGAGGUCCAGUUGCAGGUCGCCGGCUUUGCAAUCAAGCUUCAUCUGUACUUAAAGCGUCUGGACCCUCAUUGGUUCCCAAGGCAACCAGCUGCAUCCGUUUCAAUCACUCGGUGACCGUGGACGUCCCUCAGAUAAGCAUGAAGAUCAAGAUAUUGUCUGCGCUGAAGGACAAUUACAUGUAUCUCAUUAUUGAUGAGAAGACAAGAGAAGCAGCCAUCGUUGAUCCGGUUAAUCCUGAGAAAGUAGUUGAUGCCGUGAAGGAAGAAGACGUUAAAUUAAAGACGGUGCUGACAACUCACCAUCAUUGGGAUCAUGCAGGAGGCAAUGAGAGUCUAGUCAAGUUGAUUGAUGGACUGACUGUGUGUGGUGGAGACGAUAGGAUUGGAGCUCUCAAUAAGAAAGUCAAACAUGCCGACGAGUUGACCAUCGGCUCUCUUAAUGUACGCUGCAUGUUCACUCCAUGCCAUACGACUGGUCACAUCUGUUACUUUGUGACGGGAGCUGAUGGCGGUGAUCCAACUGUAUUUACAGGGGAUACGCUGUUCAUAGCAGCCUGUGGCAGGUUCUUUGAAGGAACGGCUGAUCAGAUGCACCAUGCAUUGAUUGAGGAGCUGGGACAACUUCCCAAUGAAACAAAUGUCUACUGUGGUCAUGAGUAUACAGUAAGCAGUUUGAGGUAUGCGCUAACAGUAGAACCAGAAAACAUUGAUUUACAGAAGAAGAUGGAAUGGGCGAUGGCCCAGAGAGCUAAGGAGAUUCCAACGGUUCCAUCAACCAUUGGAGAUGAGAAGAAAAUCAAUCCUUUCAUGAGAGUCGGAGAGGUCUCCGUGCAGAAGUAUACUGGCACAUCAGAUGCUAUUACCACCAUGGAAAAGCUGAGGAAGGAUAAGGACAACUUCAAGCCCAAAAUGUGAUCCAUACUAGGACAUUUGCCUCUUUCAAGUUCAAAUUCCAUGGCUGUGCUUACCAAAAGCAAAGAAUCUGUACUUGAAGCAGGGAAGUUUGCCUUUAUGUCAAGUGUAUUUCAUGGGUUAGUCGGGAAUUUUUGCUUGUGCCUGUGCGUACUCGUUGUUACAAGACAUUCUUUGCUUACACAGUUAGUGCUGAGAAUGGUGAUCACAAGGGCAGAAUUUGGCAGUAAGCAGAGCCAUGAAAUUAGGCCCAGAACAAAAUACAUACUGCCCAGGGCCUUUUGAAUGACUCGGAAGGUUCCAGGCAUGGAACUGCAUGGAAGCAAUGGACUUUGAAGACUUUCCGAUGGAAGUGCCUCUAGCAAAAUGAAAGUGGCAUUGGUCCUCUCAAAGAUGAAAUUCCAGGCCUGUCUGUUCUUGGUUUACAGUACACCAAAAUCCAACAAUCACUGACUGGGGUUUCAAAACAUGUCGAUAGUGGGUGAAUUUGACACACUACUACUGGUGCUUUUUGUAUGGACUGUUUCUUUACGAUCAUAAGAAGAAACAUGGUCAAAUGUCACUCAUUGUUGUGGUUCUUAUUGGAACUCGUUGCUAGUUGUCUUAAUAUUUUCAUACUAGGCCUUGAACUAUGAUCUGGAAGGGGCGCAGCAAUUUUCCACUGGUAAGGGGCAAUUCUAAUGAGGAAAAUGUAAAUUUGUAUUGGAACUUUGCAGAAGGCACCACAGCAUUGUUUCUCGACUGUGCCAUUGAAAAUCGAACAAACACGGUAAAAAAAUUGAUGUAACUGGCACUUUCUCUCUUUUUUUGUUGUUGACAAACUGCAGUAAGUAGAGUGAAGGAAACAGAUCAUAAACACAAUUGGGUUUUUCUUUUAUGGAUGGGGCAGUUCUAACUGCGGGAGGCCUAUGCUCUAUUCUUUAUUCUCCGGACAUCAUCCAUAAAUGCCACCAUGUGAUUGUGAGAUCGUUGUGUGUUCUUGCAGGAUUUGAGGCUUUAUCUGUAUCUGCCUUACUCCUGUACAGAGUCAAGCGGCAGCCUCCAGUAAAAUGUGUCAUAAAAUUAAAAUGCGACACCUAUAAUGCAAUAUAUGUAUAAAUGAAAUGAACCUUUUUAAAGGAGAAAUUGUUGUGUAUGGUGCAAAAACGUUGCAUCUUGCUGGAAAAUGAUCCAUGCAAAAACGUAUCUCGACGUAUACUUCAUCCAUGCUUUCUUUUGCAAGAUACAACUUUUGACAAUUUCAAACUUUCCCCUAAUGAAAGCGUUUUUUUAGGAGAUAAAACGUUUUUGCACAGACACAACCAACAUAAUAUGAAUUUUUAGAGAAUAGAGAAUGUGUAUGUAUACAUAAAUAACAUUUAUCAAUAUAUAGAAUAUGUUAAAUAAAAAAUUAAAAAAAAUAAAAUAGCUUAUAAAAUUAUGUUUUAAUAUGGGUAACUAUAAUCUGUUUCGUCUGACUUUGGGAAGCAAGAUCUGUAAUUAAAACCUUUGAAAACCA